GAAACGGAACCUAGUAAGAGAUAUUUAGGUGCGAGGUGUUACCCCAUAUGCACCUGAAGGGGCUGACAUUGGAGACGUGGUUAUUAGCGUCGACGGGAAGCUGAUCUCCCAGGUUGGCUCUGCAGCUGAUGUCGAGCGCCUCCUAACUGAGGGUCGGCUUAUUCGUCUAAGGAAGGGAAGGCGAGCAAGAGGAAGCGAUUCGAUCAAAAUGCCCAGUCAAGAGAAACCCCGACCACCCAAGCCUUGCACUCAGACUGAAAUUGCUAUUACCGAUGAGGCUCGGAUGAAGGCCGAGGAGAAAUUAUUGCGAAGUAUAGAGGAAUUGCUUCAAACUGAGAAGAAAUAUGUCGAUGACUUGAAAGAAAUGAUUGAACGAUAUCUUUCCAUUCCGUCCGUACGCGAAAUCAUGGAAUCAGCUCUACGGUUGCAAAAAAUGCAGAUGUCUUUCCUCGAUUCACUUGAGGAAGCGCUUGGAGACAUUGGAAAUGGAGACAAAAGUGCUCGACCUCUUGUUCGAGUAAAUGCAAUGGUUUGGUUGGAAAUUAUUUUGAUCAAAUGA